CCUGGAGGAGGGAGCCAGGUAGCCAGCAGGCCCCACAGAGCCUUAGAGAGAGGCAGGGGGAGCUUGUCCCCUGCAGAACAGCAGUGGGAGGAAGUUAAGAAGGGCUCUGUUGGCCAGAUCUAGAGACCGAGGGGUCAACAGUGAUUCAUCCUUUCAUUCAUUCAUUCACUCGACAAUUAUUUAUUUAGGCCACCUGCUAUAUAUCGGACACUGUUCUAGGCACUAUGGAUGUAGGAGUGAACAAGACAAAGGCCUGGCCCACAUGAAAGAAAGGUUUAAAGAACAUAAUUUCAGCACUCGGACAUGCCAGAGGAGAUGCGAGUGGAGACCAUGGAGCUGUGUGUCACGGCCUGUGAGAAAUUCUCCAACAACAACGAGAGCGCCGCCAAGAUGAUCAAAGAGACGAUGGACAAGAAGUUCGGCUCCUCCUGGCACGUGGUGAUCGGCGAAGGCUUCGGCUUUGAGAUCACACAUGAGUCUCUCGAGGUUGGAGUGAAGGCAGGCCCAGUAUCCUCAGGCUGUGCUGGGUCCCAGGAACUCGGGGAAGCUUCUGGCCGGACCGCAAGGCUGCCGGAAACCCUGUGCUCAGGCACGGCCCCGCGCGCCUGGGCCCUGCCCCCUCCCCGUUCCGUCACGGGUGCGGACUGAGCGCAGUUGGAUGGGGCCCCGUGGACGCUGACUGAGACACCCUUGGUGGCCAGACUGAGCCACUAUAAAGACGUUUUCGGUCUCACAUAAUGUAGUUCAGUUCAAAGAUGUUUAUUCAGCAGCACUGAGUGCCAGGCCCCGGGAGUGGGGACGCAAAGAUGGAGAAGCCACAGACCCUGCCCUCAGUGAGCUCACAGUCUAUCGCAGAACACUUGAACCCGAUUGUUUCAGCGGGAUGUGAAAAGUGGUGUAAUAAGAGAGGACAGGACGUGGUUGGGUGGAAGGAGGUUCCAUGCCCAGCCCAGAGAGUGAGGGGGAGCCUCCGGGGGGGGGAGCCCUGAAAGCCAGUUCUUGAAGGGAGAGUGGGAUUUUCCCCAGGGAGGAGAUGCUCCAGGCCAAGGAACGGUGGGGAUAAACGCACAGAGGCAGAAAUGGCUUGAGGAGGAGGGGCUGCCCUGCAGGCCCGAGAAGCCCCUUCAGCUCAGGGGCUGGCUCCGGAAUCUGAGUCUCACACCCCAAAAUGCCGGGUCUGGGCAGAGCUGGGGCAGCCUGUUCUCCCCAGCCCACUGUCCCUGCACUCACGGGGCCUCCUGAGAUGGCCCACCUAGGACAUUCAGACCUGGCAGUCCUGGCCCCUGGCCCAGUCACAGCCUCCUGAGGCUGAGAGUCCAGUUGUAAUGGGAUCUGUCAGCAGCUCUGCUGGACGGCAUCCUGUCAGUCAGCUAAGCUCUGCCCAGAGACCCGAGCGGCUGAGCUGGGAGGAGAGCAUCGUCGGCCCACCCGAGAGCCUCACAAGUGCUUGCUGGGUUGCUGCUGUGUGUGGUGGGGUCCUGAGCUCAGUGCGAUGGGGAAGAAAAGGAGAAGUCAGGGUCACUGCCCCAAGGCUGACCACCUGGAUCUGACUGUGGAGCGGGUCCUGGCCCUCUGGGACUUGGGGGGCGCAGGGGGCAGCUCCUUGACCUCAGACCUGCGCUGGCCCGAGCCCUGUGCCGCGCUGGGUGCUGCCGGGAGAUUGGCGAGGCGUGCAGAUGGGAGUACAAGGAGAGGGGGUGCCGAGGCCUGGAAUAGCUGUGGUUUAGUAACUGCCGGCUUUGCGGCUGUUCUCUCCUUUAAUCUGCCACACGUGGGUGCCAAAAAGUAAGACAGGCUCAGCCCGCAUCGCAGGCGGCGGGGUGGCAGUGGGGAAUGUGGGCUCUGAGGUCCACAGACCCGGCUCCGGCCCAGCCCUGCUCUUGCUAACCUCUCUGUGCCUCAGUGGCUUUGUCUAUAAAAUGGGGAUAAAAGGAACCAGCUCCUGAGGUUGCUGGGAGUCUCAGGCCUGCACCUGGCCCUGUGGUGCACACUGUGUGUGCUUGGGCGUGCUGCUCUCUUCCCGGCUGGAGAUGGGGUGCUGACACCCAGCUCCCCCAGGACGGGGUGGAAAUUCAGCAAGAUUUUACAAGCCGGCACUGUACUGAGUGCCGGCCCCAGCAGGCACUCAGUACAGUGGUGCCCCUUCUGUCUGCUGCGGCGGGCCCGUCCUCGCAGAGGGCCGUGCGCCCACUGUCGAGAUUGGGCCGGGUGACCCGGGGCCGUCGCCGCUGUUUCCCAGACACUGCUUCUGUUGACCUCAGUGGCUUUCCUUCCCUCUGCUCCCUGAGACCUGUGCCAGCCGUGGUCACCCUGACCUUCCUCCCAGGCCCCUCCCUGCUCGUGGCCAGUGAUUCAACAAGCAUUUGCUGACAGGGGCUGCAACAGGAGAGGGUCGUGACGAUGCGGAACGCGUCGGAACACACUGGCCUUGGCAGUGGCUGGCAGUCCAUUGAGGGAGGCAGACCCAGGAGCAGAAAAGCAGGAUGCCUUUAAGUAAUCUGCUAGUGGGGAGGGAGGGUGGGGUUCAGGGGAAUGCGUGGUUCGGGGAAGGGAGAAGCUCUCACUGCCCAGAGCACUGGGGGAGGUGUCACAGAGGAGGUGGCAUUGAACUAGGCCGUGGCAUUUCCAGGGGAGGGAUGAGACGGGGGAACGCCUGGGGAAGGCACCCUCGGGUGAGGGGGCAGGGGCAUGUGCAGAACAACGGGGGCCUGAGGAAGCUGGUGAGAUGGAUGUGGAGGGCAGUGGAGGAUUUGGGGGUGCAGCUCCCAAGAGGGCGGAGGGAGGAGGAACGGGAUGAAGACGAGGGUUUUUUUUUUUGCGAUAUGCGGGCCUCUCACUGCUGUGGCCUCUCCCGUUGCGGAGCACAGGCUCCGGACGCGCAGGCUCAGCGGCCACGGCUCACGGGCCCAGGCGCUCCGCGUCAUGUGGGAUCUUCCCGGAUCAGGGCACGAACCCAUGUCCCCUGCAUCGGCAGAGGGACUCGCGACCACUGCGUCACCAGGGAAGCCCGGUGAGGGGUUUCUGGGGUUGAGGACAAGGAAGCUUCCAGCUGUUGAGUGUCCCCCACUUGGCAGGCACUGGGCUCCCUCCCUUACGACCGCGAUGUCCUGUAUCCUCAACAGACCUCCGAGGUGGAGAUCACCGUCCCCAUUUACAAAUGAAGAAACUGAGGCUGGGCAGGCGAGGUAUCUCGCCCAGGUCCAGUUAGGAAGCGACUUCAGCCGGCACCUAGACCCUGGCCUGCUGGCCUCAGCGGCCCUGCUUGUCAGGGCACAAGCUGUGUCCACAGGCCUGCUGUUUACCUCCCGCCCAGUGGACAGCUGGGGUCCCCACGGCCAGUCCACACCUCCGUCCAUCGGGCUCCCAGCUGCUUCCUUCCGCCGGCAGCAGGCCUCCACCUGCCCUCUGCUCGGCCUGCCGCAGCCCCCGGCAUUCACUUAAUGGUGGCAGCGACCACAGCCCUGCAGCCACCGCCAGCCCCGGCCCCUCCGGUGCCGUCUGUGCGUGGGCAGCGGUGACUCGCCCACCGACACCUCAGUCCCCUCUGCCGGGCCCAGCCAGAGUAGGCGUAGGGGAGAUCGCAGCCUUCUCUGGACACGUCAGGAGGCCGAGUCACAGGCCCCAGCCCUCUGCCUGGGAGAGCAGUGCGCACCGGCCAGGGAGAAUGAAACGCUGGUCACCGCACCGGGGCCCGCGGGGGUGGGGGUGGGGGU